AUGGUUUCAACGCGACAUACACCACAAACAGCAAAAAUAGAGACCGAAUCGAUAUCUAAAAAUCAAGAGGGAAACAAGAAAGAUCAGGAAGAAACGGCAGAGUCUUCCACAUCAACCUUAGUACAAAAUCCACAACCACCAGAAGAAACGGGAACACAAACGGAAGAACAAGGAGAAAGAGAGACGACAAGAAAAACAUUAUCAUAUUUGACAAGUUUGCCGCCUAGUUAUUCGUUCAUUAUUCCUGAUUCGUCGUUGUCAUCGUCCUCUUCAGCAACCUCGCCUCCAACAACAAUAGCAACACCACCACCGGUUCACUUAAUAAAUAUUAAUAACACAGAUGAGAAUAAUACCAAUAAUUCGACAGAUUUAAAUGAAUUACCAUCACCGCCGCCUUAUCCGUAUAACGAAGCAAAUGACCGUUUCCUUAUCACAAUAGACUCAAAUGACAGUAGUAAUCAACCAUACGAUGACGAGCCUUUACCAAGCUACGCGGUCUCUACGCAACCAACGUCUUUAAUUGCUAACGUUAAUACCGAUAACUUGCAGAAGAGCUCGUGUAAAGCGACUUUAUUUUCCAACCUAGUUAAAUUUGCGAUUGUGUUAUGCCUCAUUACGUUAAUUCCUGUGUUUGUUACUCUCUCGAAAGCUGCUGCUCGGAAUGAUGCCAAUGACAAUGGCCAGGGUGGUUAUUAA